AUGGGAAUACUCAAGACAGCUAUGAUGAGCGGCGCUGCCAUGUAUGGCAUCAAGCAGGUCGCCAAAGCUGCAGAGUCCCACGGCAGCAACAACAAGAAUAGCAUGAGCUCACGUCGCGACUACUCAGACCGAGACUAUGACCAGUACUACUCUCGACCCGAUGAAAAUAGCAAUCGCCAGAUGAAUCAUAGAUAUCUUCCUCAAGCUCGUGAUAUGCAGGACCGAACACAAUACAACCCAGCUUACUCCAAUAAUGAGUCUCGACAGAGAAUAUAUCUGGAAGAUCAAGCUUACAACACCGGACUACAAUAUUCUGACCAAGAAUGGACUGAAAAUCGGCCGCAGUAUGCAUAUGCCACGAAUAUGCGCUCGGCAUCUGCGCCUCCACCUCAAUAUACCCGACAGAAUCAAAACAGACAGCAGGGUUUUGUGGAGCCAGAAGAGAUGAUGGACGAUCCGAGAGACUUACAAGGUGGAAAUAGGGCUGAUAUGAUGAACAUGUUGGCUCAACAAGCUAUGAGUAUGGGGCUUAUGGGAGGCAAAUCGGGUCAAAAGGAUAAGAAGGGAAAGGGUAAUUUGAUCAGAGAUCUCAUGAGUAAGUAG